CUACGAACGUCUUCGACUAGGUUUGUUUACGUUGAGCCAUGAUACAGGUUGAGCUAGUGAGUAAGCAUAGGAGUUGUGAUCGUUUGUGAGAGAUCAGGUUUAGUCAAGUGUGCAAUAAGGACACAGUAGUGGACCUACACACCAAGGAAGGGGGAUUUUCUGUUUGAGGCCAUACCAAGUCGAACUAGUCCUCCAUAUGCCUAAGUCCAAGUCCAAGAAGAAAAGGGCUCAAUGCGGCCCCGGCCCCAUAAGCAGACGACUACGUUCCGUCGAUGCAGUUCCACCUGAACAUGAUCCCACGAAGGAUUCGCCAUUGCCGAUGACUCGGCUGACAUGCGAUCCUUGGCGCGAUCCCGACGGUGCCCUUCAGGAUCUGCAGCGCGUCGCACCCACGGUGGUGGACUUGCGACUCGACUGUCCUGACGAAAAACACCUCCUAGCGCUGCUGUCCAUGCCCAACCUGAAGCGUCUGGAGCUGCUCGGUGAUGACGAGACCCCCGCGCUCCCGGGGGGGCUCCCUCCCGUCGGGCUCCCGACAUGGCUGUCUGUGCAAGGACUCCCGCUGGAGGCACUGCAGUCCAUCCUGUGCGCCUUCGCGCCCUCGCUGGAGACGCUCCAGCUGACCGUCGGUACGAAUGGACUCAGGGCGUUCCCAGAGUCGUGCGGCCAACUUGGUCGUCACCUGGAGUGCGCCGCGCUGCGGGCGCUGAAGCGGGUCGUGCUGGUCAGGCACAGACCUCUAGGGGCGAGCCACACACCCGAGGACUGCACCAA